UCUGUUGCCCAGGCUGGAGUGCAGUGUCUCGAUCUCAGGGCACUGCAACCUCCGCCUCCCAAGUUCAAGUGAUUUUCCUGCCUCAGCCUCUUGAGUAGCUGGGACUACAGUCGUGUGCCUCGCCACCACACCCAACUAAUUUUUGUAUUUUUAGUAGAGAUGGGGUUUCACCAUGUUGGCCAGGCUGGUCUCGAACCCCUGACCUGAUCCGCCGGCCUCGGGCUGCCAAACUGCGGGGAUUAUAGGCGUGAGCCAAGGUGCCCAGCCUAGUAUACGUUCUUGAAGUGACUAAUACCUAGUUUGGGCCAACCACUCCGAGGAGAGAGACAAUUUUGGAUUGGCCCACAUUACACCAACAACCUGCCAGACAAAGAGAGACUUGAGGGGCUUGGUCGAGGUCGUGAAGGGGCUGAAAGUUAGAGGAGGCCUCCCCCUCCACUGCUGCACCCGGCUGGGCGACCCGGCUAGCCUCAGGGGGCGCUGUUCCCCCCACCCUCACCCCGGUCACCAACUGGCCGGAGCCUGCAGGCGCGCGGCGGGGAAGGCUGGAGGACCUCGGCGCCGGCGAUGCUCCGCCUGAACGUCCAUUCUGGGCAUGCGGCGCGGUCACGCACAGCGGGAACCGCGGCCGCCGAGGCCCGGGUGCUAUGGCCGGAAUCCCGCGGAAUGUUGGAUCAGAGGGAGCCGCUGGGGCGCGGGACCUCGGGCGUGGAGUCCGGGGCGCUGGACCGGUGCUGACGGGAGGCGGCGCUGGUUCCCCGGGUCCGGGCGGGCCAGCGGGUCUCGGGAGGGGGCGCCCGAUCCCGCGUCUCCGGCGCCACUUCCCGGGAAGUUUCAAGUUUGAAAGACCUGGCGGAGGGGCCGCGGCUUCCGGGACUGGAGUGGCUGAGAGGAGGGCUCGGAGCGGCCGGAGCGGCGCCAUGGAGGAGGGGGCGCCGCGGCAGGUGAACAGCGCGCGAGGAGUGCGCGUGGCCGGGGGGUGCGGGAAGCCCGGGUUACCGCCCCGGCGCCCCAAACCGCGGCCGCGUCCCCCGCCCCGCCCCUCGCCCGCGCCCCAUCCCUGCCUCUGCCUCUGCCCCUGCCCGGACCCCGCGACGCCCUCGCAGAGCCGACCUGAGCCCCGGGUUCCAUCGUUCCUGGGCCCUGCAGCGUCUCCAAAUCAGCCCCCGGCUGACCAGGAGCGAGCACGGCUGAGUCCUCAUCCUGGGCCAAGCCAGUGGCCCCCGGAGGAUGAGAAAGAGGUGAUCCGCCGGGCCAUCCAGAAGGAGCUGAAGAUCAAGGAGGGGGUAGAGAACCUGCGGCGCGUGGCUACAGACCGCCGCCACCUGGGCCAUGUGCAGCAGCUGCUGCGGUCCUCCAACCGCCGCCUGGAGCAGCUGCAUGGCGAGCUGCGGGAGCUGCACGCCAGAAUCCUGCUGCCCGACCCCGGGCCUGGCCUGGCUGAGCCUGUGGCCUCGGGAACCCGGCCGUGGGCAGAGCAGCUCAGGGCUCGACACCUGGAGGCCCUCCGGAGGCAGCUACAGGUGGAGCUGAAGGUGAAGCAGGGAGCUGAGAACAUGACCCACACAUGCGCCAGUGGCACCCCCAAGGAGAAGAAGCUCCUGGCAGCCGCCCAGCAGAUGCUGCGAGACAGCCAGCUGAAGGUGGCCCUGCUUCGGAUGAAGAUCAGCAGCCUGGAGGCCAGUGGGUCCCCAGAGCCAGGUAAGGCCUUGAGACAGGGAGAGCAGAGCAGGGCAGAGCAGGGCCUGAGGGCUGCCCUCCUCCCCACAGGGCCUGAGCUGCUGGCGGACGAGCUACAGCAUCGACUGCAUGUUGAGGCAGCUGUGGCCGAGGGUGCCAAGAACGUGGUGAAACUGCUCGGUAGCCGGAGAACACAGGACCGCAAGGCAUUGGCUGAGGCUCAGACCCAGCUCCAGGAGUCCUCCCAGAAACUGGACCUCCUGCGGCUGGCCUUGGAGCAGCUGCUGGAGCGACUGCCUCCUUCCCACCCUUUGCGCAGUAGAGUGGCCCGAGAUCUGCGGACUGCGGUCCCUGGAUACCCCCAGCCUUCAGGGACACCUGUGAAGCCCACUGCCCUGACAGGGACAUUGCAGGUUCGUCUCCUGGGCUGUGAACAGUUGCUGACCACUGUGCCUGGACGCUCCCCGGUGGCCGCACUGGCCGGCAGCCCCUCCGAGGGCUGGCUUCGGACCAGGGCCAAGCAGCAGCGAGGCCGAGGCGAGCUUGCCAGCGAGGUGCUGGCCGUACUAAAGGUGGACAACCGCGUUGUGGGCCAGACGGGCUGGGGGCAGGUGGCUGAACAGUCCUGGAACCAGACCUUCGUCAUCCCACUGGAGCGAGCCCGUGAGCUGGAGAUUGGGGUGCAUUGGCGGGACUGGCGGCAGCUCUGUGGCGUGGCCUUUCUGAGACUUGAGGACUUCCUGGACAAUGCCUGUCACCAACUGUCCCUCAGCCUGGUACCGCAGGGGCUGCUUUUUGCCCAGGUGACCUUCUGCGAUCCUGUCAUUGAGAGGCGACCCCGGCUGCGGAGGCAGAAACGCAUCUUCUCUAAACGCAGAGGCCAGGACUUCCUGAGGGCUUCGCAGAUGAACCUCAGCAUGGCGGCCUGGGGGCGUCUCGUCAUGAACCUACUGCCCCCCUGCAGCUCCCCGAGCACCAUCAGUCCCCCCAAAGGGUGCCCUCGGACCCCGGCAACACCUCGAGAGGCCUCUGACCCUCCCACCCCCAGUAAUUUUCUGCCCAGGAAGACCCCCUUGGGUGAAGAGAUGAUGCCCCCACCCAAGCCUCCACGCCUCUACCUCCCCCAGGAGCCAACAUCUGAGGAGACGCCGCGCACCAAACGCCCCCAUAUGGAGCCUAGGACUCGACGUGGGCCGUCUUCACCAGCCUCCCCCACCAGGAAACCCCCUCGGCUUCAGGACUUCCGCUGCUUGGCUGUGUUGGGCCGGGGACACUUUGGGAAGGUCCUCCUGGUCCAGUUCAAGGGGACGGGGAAAUACUACGCCAUCAAAGCGCUGAAGAAGCAGGAGGUGCUCGGCCGGGACGAGAUAGACAGCCUGUACUGUGAGAAGCGGAUCCUGGAGGCUGUGGGUCGCACAGGGCACCCCUUCUUGCUCUCCCUCCUUGCGUGCUUCCAGACCUCCAGCCAUGCCUGCUUCGUGACUGAGUUUGUGCCUGGUGGUGACCUCAUGAUGCAGAUCCACGAGGAUGUCUUCCCGGAGCCCCAGGCCUGGUGCCCGGCAGCAGAGGAGCAGGAAUCAGAGGCCUUGGCUCACAUCCUGGCACCAACUGACAGCAUUCAUGACCCUGGGCAUUAGCUUAUGAAGCUGUGCAUUAGGUUUUUGUUUUUGAGACAGAGUCUUGCUCGGUCACCCAGGCUGGAAUGCAGUGGCGUGAUCUUGGCUCACUGCAAUCUCUACCUCCUGGGUCCAAGCGAUUCUACUGCCUCGGCCUCCCAAGUAGCUGGGAUUACAGGAGCCUGCCACCACGCUUGGCUAAUUUUUGUAUUUUUAGUAGAGACGGGGUUUCGCCAUGUUGGCCAGGCUGGUCUCGAACUCAUGACCUCGUGAUCUGCCCACCUCAGCUUCCCAAAGUGCUGGGAUUACAGGUGUGAGCCAUCACCACACCUGGCAAGUCUCAGAUCUUAUUUGAAAAAUAGGCAUGACUGUCCGAGCGCAGUGGCUCAUGCCUGUAAUCCCACACUUUGGGUGGCUGAGACAGACAGAUCACCUGAGGUCGGGAGUUCGAGACCAGUCUGACCAACAUGGGGAAACCCCAUCUCUACUAAAAAUACAAAAUUAGCCGAAUAUGGUGGUGCAUGCCUGUAAUACCAGCUACUUGGGAGAAGGCAAGAGAAUCACUUGAACCUGGGAGACAGAGGUUGCAAUGAGCCAAGACCAGGCCAUUGCACUCCAGCCUGGGCAACAAGAGUGAAACUGUGUCCCCACCAAAAAAAGAAAAAUAGGCAUGAUUGGCCAGGUACCUGAAAUCCCAGCACUUAGGGAGGCUGAUGCAGGCAGAUUACCUGAGGUCAGGAGUUCAUGACCAUCCUGGCCAACAUGGCGAAACUGUGUCUCUACUAAAAAUAUAAAAAUUAUCCAGGCAUGGUGGUGCAUGCCUGUAGUCCCAGCUACUUGGGAGGCUGAGGCAGGAGAAUCGCUUAAACCUAGGAGGCAGAGGUUGCAGUGAGCCAAGAUCCUGCCACUGCACAGCCUGGGUGACAGAGUGAGACUCCGUUUCAAAAAAAAAAAAAAAAAAAACAAGGCUGGGUGCGGUGGCUCAUGCCUGUAAUUCCAGCACUUUGGGAGGCGGAGGUGGACAGAGCAUGAAGUCAAGAGAUUGAGACCAUCCUGGCUAACACGGUGAAACCACAUCUCUACUAAAAAUACAAAAAAAAAAAAAUUAGCUGGGCAUGGUGGUGGGCACUUGUAUUUCUAGCUACUCGGGAGGCUGAGGCAGGAGAAUCGCUUCAACCUGGGAGGCGGAGGUUGCAGUGAGCUGAGAUCAUACCACUGCCCUCCAGGCUGGUAACAGAACAAAAAAAAAAAAGAAAAGAAAAGUAGGCAUGAUUAUAAAAAUCAACUGCAGGGCGCUGUGUGCACACUUGGCCCUCAGCCCAGGAAGGGUGGGGUGGGAGUGCACAGCAACCUUGGGGUGACCUUGGGACUGUUGGAGCACCCCCAACCUGAGCAUGAUGCUUGUCCCAGUCUCACUCACCUCUGACUCUGGCUGGGACAUCCUGGUGCCUCCCUGCCCUGCCUCCGUCCUGAGUUCUUUCAUAACCACCC